UCGAAUUUUAAUGUUGAGAAAAAAAAGUUGAGAAAAAGAGAAGAGAAACGAUGCAAUUGUUACGAACGAUAUAUCAUCUUUUGACGUCGUGCGCUUGUUGGCGACCACCAUUCUUGUCCCCAUUAAAAAACUUCGCGUAUACAGUUUACUAUUGCUAUGUGAUCCUAUUGAUAUACGGAACCACGUUUUGCCAAUUCGUCGAUUUGUUAUUAAUCGUGGAGACCGAGGAUGAAUUUUACGACAAUUUUUACCUUACAUUGGCAAUUUUUAUCUCGUGCCACAAGAUGUACAGCAUGCUGGCCAAUCGUGAAAAUAUCAUCCUGGUAACUAGCAUGCUGGAAAGCAAACCGUUCCAACCUGAGACAGAGGAAGAGAUGAAUAUGCGAGACAAAUGCGACAAGCAGGCCAGAUUGAACGCGAUUUAUUACGCAAUUCUAGUCGAAUUGUCAGUGAUGUCGUUGUCGUUCGGCGGCCUGCUCAAAACUGAGAGUCACAAGUUACCGUAUCGAAUGUGGUUACCCUACAAUUAUACCUCCUUAUCUGCGUAUACUUUCAUUUACACGCAACAAGUCGUAAGUCUGAUCGUUAGUGCUAUGAUACACGUGGCCUUCGACAGCUUCGUCUGGGCCUUGUUGAUGCACAUCUGCAGUCAGAUCGAGAUUUUUAAUUGUCGGUUAAAAAAGAUCAAGCACGAAAAGAAUAAAGUUAAAAUAAAGAAAUUGUGCAUACAUUAUCAUAAUCUUAUAUAUCGAUUGGCUACGACGAUAAACGAACAGUUUAAAAUGGUGAUUUUCAUUCAAUUCACAGUGAGUACAUUAACGAUAUGCGUUAAUCUUUAUAUAUUAAUGGGAACACAAAUUACGUUCGAGAGAAUUAUACAAUUAGCGAUAUACAGUAGCUGUAUGUUAACGCAAAUAUAUAUUUUCUGCUGGUACGGGAACGAAGUUAAACUUAAGAGCCUCGAUAUUUCUAACAUGAUUUUCGAACUUGAUUGGCCGGAUCUCGAUAAUACAACUAAACGUGACUUGUUGAUGAUCAUGAUGCGUGCAUCGUAUCCCAUCGAAAUGACUAGCGUUCAUGUGGUUACCAUGAAUCUCGAUUCAUUUGUGAUCCUGUUAAAAACUUCAUAUUCAGCGUACAAUCUGCUUCAAAGUAACAGAGAAUAGCGGCGGAUGUUCCUUCACCGUGCCUUUGACCACUUUUAUAGGAUGAAACGUGAUUUACGACGAAGAGGAGUAAAAUAACUCAA